UGUUAUCUGUGGUUUUUAACUGUCCUAGCUAGUGUCACGCUAAUCGCUAUUUUGUAGCUUCGUGAUUGUAAAUUGUAAUGUAUAAUCGUUGUGGGGAAUACCAAGUGACUUUGUGCUGAUCGAUGGUCGUUUGAGUAUUUCCGUGGUGUAUUAGAAUAGGGCUGUGCGUUCCCGCUAUUCCAGGUGACUCAUCGAAGCUCUCCAUACACUUGUCAUCAUGGACACGGAUGAUGGUGAAUCUUCUAGCAGUGGACCUAUGUCCAGCUUGAAUAGCUUGUUUUCAUUCACAAGUCCUGCUGUCAAGAAAUUACUUGGGUGGAAACAGGGUGAUGAAGAAGAGAAAUGGGCGGAGAAGGCAGUGGACAGUUUAGUUAAGAAGCUCAAAAAGAGGAAGGGCGCGAUCGAGGAGUUGGAGCGGGCGCUCUCGUGCCCCGGGACACCUUCAAAGUGCGUCACUAUACCGCGCUCCUUGGACGGGAGGCUGCAGGUAUCUCACAGGAAAGGCUUGCCGCAUGUCAUUUACUGCCGAGUGUGGCGCUGGCCAGACCUUCAAAGCCACCAUGAGCUCAAACCCCUCGAAAUAUGCCAAUAUCCCUUCAGCGCCAAACAGAAAGAGGUCUGCAUCAAUCCCUACCACUACAAAAGAGUGGAGAGUCCAGUGUUACCCCCAGUGCUGGUGCCGCGACACUCAGAGUUCGCACCAGGGCAUUCCUUGCUCCCGUUCCAAAGGACUACGGAGCCAGCUAUGCCGCACAAUGUCUCGUACUCUGGCUCAGGGUUUCCACCAUCAGCGAGUUCCGAGCUACCUGACACACCACCUCCAGCGUAUUCACCACCCUCUGAUGAUACAGAACCUCCUGGCGAAGUAGCCCCAGUGUCAUACCAAGAACCAUUGUAUUGGGCGUCCGUAGCGUACUAUGAACUGAACUGCAGGGUCGGUGAAGUGUUCCAUUGCAACUCGCAUUCGGUGGUCGUUGACGGUUUCACCGACCCCUCGAAUAACAGUGAUCGUUUCUGUCUAGGACAGCUCAGUAACGUGAACAGGAACUCGACGAUUGAAAACACGCGGCGUCACAUAGGGAAAGGGGUGCAUUUGUAUUACGUAGGGGGGGAAGUGUACGCGGAGUGUUUGUCGGAUGCGGCCAUAUUUGUUCAGAGUAGGAACUGCAAUCACCACCACGGCUUCCACCCGUCGACCGUGUGUAAAAUUCCGCCAGGUUGUUCGCUAAAGAUAUUCAAUAAUCGCGAGUUCGCUCAGCUGUUGUCGCAGAGCGUUAACCACGGCUUUGAAGCUGUUUAUGAGCUGACAAAAAUGUGCACUAUACGUAUGUCAUUUGUGAAGGGCUGGGGCGCGGAAUACCAUAGACAAGACGUCACCUCGACGCCAUGUUGGAUCGAGAUACACCUACACGGGCCGCUUCAAUGGUUGGAUAAGGUUCUCACUCAAAUGGGCUCCCCGCAUAACGCGAUUUCGUCCGUAUCUUAGCCGGAAUAUUUAUUUGUUUGGUAUCAAUCUCACAAAAUUUUUGCAUUUUUAAAAAAUACGUGCCAUAGAUAUAUUUUCAUUUUAGGUUCAAAUUAUCACAUACGAAACGGAAAAAAACAUAGUGAAAAUCAUAUUCUCGAUUUACAUGAAUUCAUUGCAAUCAAUAUUGUCAAGGAUAUCUCAAAAUAUAAUUUUUAUUUGAAUUAAUAUUUUUUUAUUAAAUCGUAGCUCAAAUUAUGUGUCCAAGUUUACGAAACGUAAGAUGUAUUUUAAGUAUUUCUAUAAAUAAUAUAAAGACAUACGAAUAAUAUUAAUAAAUGACAAGUAAAGAUAUUAUUUGUGUAAAUACGGAUUGUAUUUGUGGAUAAAAUUCUUUUAAGUUUACGCCAUAUAAAUAAAAUAAAAUUCUCAUAAUUCAUUGCUAAAUGCAUAUAAAGAAAGACAUAACAGUGGACAUAAACAAAAAAAAAAUCAAGUGUUUAUAAACCCAUGCUAAAAUAAAAAAAAACUUGAUUUUUUUUUAACUGGCAACAUUAUUUAAGCACAACAUAUUCAGAUAUUACAUUUACAUAUGGUGGCUCCAUUUGUGUCAAAAAUAUUAAUAUUAGAAAAUGUGAUUUUUAUUUUUAAACUUGGAAAUUUGUAAAUAAUUUGGACAUAGAAAACAUUGGGGCCACAAUGGAUUUUCUCUAGAAGUGUUGAGAUGUUUUUAGGUUAUGUGUAUGUUACAUUUAUAGUUUUACAUAGUCGUAUGUAGCUUUGUAGUUAUGUUAUGUAGUCAUGAUCAGGGAUAUAAAAUGGCGAAUAUCAGCUGUAAAUAUGCUGAUUUUGUGUAAUGAUUCUACCCAUUUUGUAUGACUUUUAUUUGUCAGAUAGAGUUUUUUCGUUUCUUUUCGGCUCAUACUUUAUUUAGUAUGCUGAAUUUUUUUUUACUAAAAGUAAUUUGUCCAAGACUGGCUGUUUUACUUGUAUAGU